AUGGAGACAGUCAAAGGAAGAAGACCCCUCUUCCCCCUGUGCCAACUGGUGGAGGACACAAAAAUAAGUCCCUCUAAUGUCCCUCAUCACCUACUAGAGACCCAAACCUAUACCAAACUCAAGAGCAACAGUGCAAUCCAUGCAGAACCCUCAGCACUUCACUUCAGUGGGUUUAAACUGGGGAAGGAUUAUCAGAGGACCUUGCAUCGUCUUGUCCCCGGACUGUCCUACACAGUGAAAGUACACUUCUGUCCUAAAGAAUGGCGCUACUUCUACGACUGUAUUCGGGUUCAUUGCAAGGGGGAAGAGAAUUUACAGGUACCAGUCCAUGCCUACCCCAUCAUCGAUGACUUGCACAUCCCAACACACAUCACCAUACCAGCUGUCCCACUGGGCCAAAGUGUCAGCCAUGUGAUCCCUCUGAGCUGCAGCUGUCCCAUUGACUUUGAGUUCCAGGUGUACAUCAUCCAGCCACACAAGGCCUUCUCGGUCCAGCCCCUGUCAGGAGUGAUUCCAGCCAAUGGGAAGGUGGAGGUGACCGUCACAUUCAGGCCGUUCCAGUAUGACACGUCCCAGGUCACUCUACAAGUGGUCAUCUCCCAGUUCAAUUCCAAACCCUACGUCUGCACCCUCUGCGGGUCCUCCUCGCCCCACCUGCCUCUCAGAGCAGGGGUGUCAACGUACGGCCCGCGGGCGGAUCAGGCCCCAUAA